CUAAUAAUAUGCUUGAUUAUACAGGUAUUAUAAGUAUGAAAAGGGAGCAGUUCCAUGUAAACAUUAGGAAAUAAAGAAAUGAAAAACAAUUUAAAGAAUCAAGAAAAAAUUAUAUAUAAUCCCUCUUUUCUUAAUAAACAGAAAUGCAAGAAAUGUCGAACUAAAUUAGAGAUAAAUUUGAGAAAAAUGAAAAGCUUAAAGGAGAAUAUUUAUAAAUAAUGUUAGAUAAAAUUUUUGAAGCACUACAUAAAAAUAAUAAUUUGAACAUAUUAGAUGUAAAUUUAAGUAUUUAAUUUAGACAAUUGAUGCUGCUAUAUGGAUGUUAAAAUCUGUAGAAGAUCAAACUUAUGAAGAUGAAUUAAGUGAUAAUUUGAAGAUGUUAAGAAUAGUAGAUAAAAUAAUCUUAUAUUCUUAAGGAUAUGAGAUUGAUAAUGAACCAUUCAAUUCAUAAAUCAUUGUUUAUGCUGCAAAAGUUAGUAUAUGUACUUAAAUAGUUCUUAAAAUAUUGGACUUAAAUGGAAGAUCAAUCAUUACAUUAAAAAUUUGGUGAAAUAGCAGAAACAGUGUAUUUCUUGCUUAAUAAAUAAGAAUAGAUGUUUAUUAAGAGAGGAGCAGAUAUAUUGUAUAAUAUUGCUUUAAUUGAUAAUGGCAAAUUGUUAAGUAAAUUACAUGAGCUUAUUAUUUUUGGCCAAAAAUUAGUUAAACCUAUUUGUACUGUAUUAAAAACAACAUAAAAUACAUAAAUAUUAUCUACAUUAUGGAGAGUGGUUUUAUAAACAUUUCUAGAUUAAGAUAAGAGUGGAUAACUUUUAUAUAUCAAUUUUAUUAUAAAAGAUAAUUAGGAAAAUAUACGAUUUUUUAAUCUCUUGGUAAAUUAGGUCUAAGAAUCAGAAUAAUAAAAUCUCAAGUUAUUUAAAAAUUAAAUGCAUUUAGUCUAGUAUAUACUUGAUUAUUAUUAAUCUGAUGAUUAGUAAAUCUAUGAAGAAUUUAAGUCAUUGUUAAUUACAUCAUCUUUUGCACUCAAAUUAAAAGAUCUUUGGCUUUUUCAUAAAUGGAAUUCUAUAGCAAAUGUUGCUCAUGA